UAAUAAACUUCUCAAGAAAAUCGGUGGCAUAAUUAGCAGAAAGUUGACUCCCAAAGAAAAAGAUAGUAAAUUCGUCAGAGAAGAAACCACAGCUCCACUUGGAUUAACCAUAAUCCCACCUACAUUUAUCUCUAACAUAAAAAAUAAUGCCCAUCUUAGUAAUAAAAAAUCUAUCACGAUUCCAACUGAAGUACUCAUAGAAAAAUCUAACCCUAAAACACCUAACUAUAUUUUACUGGGUAAUAAUUGGUUUUAUGGUAGAAAGUAUAAUAACGAUGAACUUCAAACAUACAUACCUGAAAUUGUAAUCGAUACAGAGGAUGCUUUUGUAAGAACAACUCUGCGUAUUAAAGAUCUCAAUGGAUCUGGAGUAUCAAAAACCGAAAAAAGCCAAGGGCUAUAA